UCCCACCACCACCACCAGCAGGCAUCCGGUGAUCUUACUCGGAAGCCUUGUUCUGAGAUUGGUUAAUCAUACCUAUAUAUGUUUGUGGUCUUCUCCAUCCAUCUUGUUUUGGAAGACCAAAACUUUCUUCAGCAGAGCAUUAACAAACCCCUUCUGUUCCUCAAUUCCACUCUCCAACCAACACUGCUCUGCUCUGCCCUGCCCACAACUUCAAAUUGCUCCAACCCACUUCGAUUCCAUCAAUAUGUCAGAAGACGAAAUCGCCAUGAAUGCAAUCAGGCACGCUCUGAGGGCUCUCCGACAGAGGCACUUGCUCGAAGAGGGCGCCCAUGCCCCAGCUUUCAUCGCUCUCGCUAGGCCUCUGGUUCUUCAGGGCUCAGAAUGGGAAGAGAAAUUAGAAAAUCUUGAACUGGAACUUCAGCAAUGUUACAAGGCCCAAGUUCGACUGACUGAGCAGCUUGGGGUGGAAGUGGCUGAGUCCAGAGCUUCAAAGGCUUUAGUUCAAGACAAAGAAGCCAUAAUUUUUGAUCUGCAAAAUGACCUUAACAAAGCAAGGGAUGAAUGCUCUCAUUUAACUGAGCUAUUAGAAGAAAAUGCCAAGGCUUUAGAAUUGGUUGUGAGUGAGAACCAGGAACUGAGAGCACAAAUUGAGAAGAUGAAUAAAAGAGCUAAACAUGCCGAGGCUGAAAAUAAGACGUUAAUUGACCGUUGGAUGUUGAAAAAAAUGCAGGAUGCUGAACACCUGAAUGAGGCAAAUGCACUUUGCGAGGAUAUGCUUGAUCAACUCAAAGCAAGUGGUAUAGAACAACUUGCCAGGCAACAAGUGGAUGGCGUGAUCCACCAAAGUGAAGAAGGUGCCGAAUACUAUGUGGAGUCUACGGUUCCCUAUCAACGCAUGCAUCGUAUACCUGCACAUGAAGGUGGAUGUGCUGCUAUAUUUUUUGAGUACAAUUCCGGAAAAUUGGUUAGCGGAGGACAAGAUGGGACUGUCAAAAUGUGGGACACAAACGCGGGGUCAUUAAGUAGCACUUUCUUUGGUUGCCUAGGUUCUGUUCUUGAUCUCACCUUUGCCCAUGAUACCGGAUCUGUAAUUGCUGCGAGCAGCUCAAACAAUUUAUACGUAUGGGAUGCAAGUUCUGGUCAGAUGCAUCAUACUCUAACAGGUCAUACGGAUAAAGUAUGUGCUGUAGACGUGAGCAAAGUUUCAAGUCGCUACAUAGCAAGUGCAGCAUACGAUCACACUAUUAAAAUUUGGGAUCUGCAGAAAGGUUACUGCAUAAAGUCUGUAACUUUUCAUAGUAAUUGCAAUGCCCUUUGCUUCAGCAUGGAUGGACGGACCAUUUGUUCGGGCCAUGUUGACGGGAAUCUUCGUUUGUGGGAUAUCCAGACGGGGAAGCUCCUAAGUGAGGUUGCUGCGCAUUCACUUGCUGUUACUUCAAUCUCACUAUCUCAAAAUAGAAAUGUGAUACUGACAAGUGGGAGGGACAACUUGCACAACUUGUUUGAUGUACGAUCUCUGGAAAUUUGUGGCACACUAAGAGCGAGCGGAACCAGAUUGGCCUCUAAUUGGAGCAGGUCUUGCAUUAGUCCAGACGACAACUACGUUGCUGCUGGAUCUGCUGAUGGAUCUGUCUAUGUUUGGUCAGUAUCGAAAGCCAGCAUAGUCAGCACCCUUAAGGAACACAGUGCGCCGGUUCUAUGUUGUUCAUGGAGCGGUUUAGGAAAGCCCCUGGCCUCUGCCGACAGGAAUGGGAUUGUUUAUACGUGGACAUGACACAAUUGGUAUUUACUGGGAUUUUUGUGAUUUCCUGUAAAAAUAUUGGAAUAAUAUGACCUCCCAUUUCUUAUACUCGAAAUGACUGCCUUCAUCAAUAUUUCUUGUGCUGCUUGUAGAAGAUAUAGGGAAAGACCGAUGCUGUGUACCGCAAAGGACUCUGAUGAUUUCGACUUGAUGGUAUUAUAAGUGGACGACAUAAAGAGUUGUAACGAUAUUGUAGCUGUUAACUGGUAUUCGGUUGGGGAAACACUCUCUUCCUCGCUCAGCAGCAUGCAGGACUUCCAUGGUGAGGAACAAAGAUUAAUCGCUUUCCAGUUUCUUUUGAUUUAAAUUGAUGACUGUUCUUCAGAUAUAACCACAUUGUUACAUUGAUUCACGUCAAGAUUCAUGCUCUGGCAUGGGAGCUCUUGUGCUGCUUGUAGUGGAAAUAAGUAUAUUCUUCUUUGGUUGGACACCAUUUUUGCGAGAAAUAAAUCAGACGUCUCUCAAUGAAACUGUAGAUGGCAAGGAUGAUGUGAUAGCUCCCCAUUCCUUGAAAUGGGCUUACUUUGAUUGAGUUGUUUGUUAGAUCCUAUUGUACAGAAUGAGUAGAAGAGGAGAAGAUACAUAGGAAUUAGGAAAUGUGAAGAACCCAUCAUGCUAAUAAUGAUUUUGUUAUUGCUAUGAUU